GUCGACGUCGCCGGAGGGAUGCCAGCUCCGCCGCCCCCGCUCUCCUCACCAUGCCGCCGGACGUGCUUCCUUCUGGCCAUCCUCUCCCUGCUCUCCUCCGCGCGCAGCAGCCUGGAGGCAGAGGACGCGCGGUCCCUCCGCGUCGGCGAUGAGCUUCUAGCCGAGGCGAUGCCGCUCCGGCACGGCCGGAGGCUCUACAGGCUGGCCGGGCUGCGGCCGCAUGCCUUCUACGAAGUCAAGAUCUCCUACCCGGCCUCUAUACCGUCCAGCUUCUCGAUUCGGCUGGUGAACGAGCCUGAUGCCGUGGAGGAUUCGGGGAGCAAGAACAGGAGGCUGCUCAACACGGAGAAGAUCAUCUUCAAGGCUGAGAGCACCGAGCCGGUUUAUGUUCUUGUCACGGUGGAGCCUGAAGGUGUGGUUGCAAAGCCAAAUGUAUCGGAGAGAGAGCUUGCGCUGUUCAACAUUGUUUGCGAUGAACUUCUUCUAGGGAUCCCACACUUUGCCUGGUGGGUUGGAAUUGCAGCACUAAUUUCCAUUGUGUUGGCAUCAUUGGCACCGCAUUUCCUCCCGCUGCACAGACUCCUUAACUACGAAGCCGCGGAGUCAAGCAGUGUCCAUGCAGCCAAGAUUUCGUGACCGACUGGAGCAUGCUGCUUUAUUAAUGUUUGGUUUUUCAUAUUAGACUAGUGUAUCUUGUUCUUUCUCCUCUCUUUCCUUUCUGCCUUGUACCAGACGCAGUUGUUCAAACAUCUGAUGGUGACUCAACAACCCUAGGUGUUCAUUGCUAGAUAUAUCAUUUCGAUCUUGUACGGCUGCCUCAUCAAUGUAUAGAAUUCGAUUUUAUUGAAUGUUUUGCCACUUGAAAGAA